UGGCGGUGGCGCAGCGCCCGUUGUCGGUAGGGGUAGGGCCUUAGAGGUAUAUAAGAGAGACGCCAUCGCCCUUCCUCGCUGUAUACAGCAACAAGCACACACACACACACACACACACAAUGACUGGCACAGUUGUACUCGUCACAGGCGCCAACAGCGGCCUCGGCCUGGCCACCGUCCAAGCCCUGGCUGCGUCUCCACGGGGCUACCGCGUGCUGGUCGGAGCACGGACGCUGGACAAGGCCGCCGAGGCCGUCAAGCAGCUCUCGCCAACGCCCAGCAGCGAAGUCAGCCCCAUCGAGGUCAACAUCUCGAGCGACGAGUCGAUUGCGAGGGCAUACGACACUGUCAAGGAAAAGUACGGAAAGAUCGACGUGCUGAUCAACAACGCUGGCGCCAACUUUGACAUCCUUCACCGGCAGGGCCAGAUGGGCCUGCGCGAGGCCUGGACACAGAGCUGGGACACAAACGUCACGGGCGGACACGUGCUCACCCACACGUUUGCGCCCCUGCUCCUGGCAUCGCAGGACCCGCGCCUCAUCUUUGUGAGCAGCACCACGGCCUCGCUGCAGGUAGCCAGCGGCCCACCGCCCUCGUGGAACGCAGCGAUGCCCGCUGGCUGGCCCAAGCCUGCCGUGGGCAUCGCCUUUUCGGCGUACCGGAGCAGCAAGACGGGCUUGAAUAUGAUGAUGCUCGAGUGGGCACGCAUGUUCAAGCAGGACGGCGUCCGCGUCUUUGGCGUCGACCCGGGCAGGCUGGUGACGAACCUGGGCCGCCGCAAGCCUGACCCCGAGAUGGCAAAGAAGAUGGGCCUGCGCGAGCCCUCGGAGGGCGCCGACCUGCUCCUGCAAAUUGUCGAGGGAAAGAAGGACGCCGAUGCGGGCAGGGUCAUCGACGAGAACGGCGGCGUGAUGCCGUGGUAG